ACACACACACACUGACAGACAGCUUGUCGUACCUGAAACAACCGACCCACAGCCACAAGAAGAGGGGAAUAAUGUCCACUUUUUUAGUCCCACUUUCACUCCAUGUUGAGUGGCGGGACGCGAACGUGUGUGGAGGCUGCGGAUACGAAACACGUGACUGAAGAGGGUGGUGUUGGACCCCCCAAAACACCACACUGCGAUGUCGCUGCUGUGUGUCAGAGUGAAGAAAGCCAAACUUUCCGGGCCUCCAGAUAAGUUCAACGCUUAUGUAACGCUAAAGGUUCAGAAUGUGAAGAGUACGACCAUAGCGGUGCGCGGCAACCAGCCGUGCUGGGAACAAGACUUCAUGUUUGAGAUCGGUCAUCGGGAUUCCGGCCUGGUGGCAGAAUUAUGGAACAAGGGUUUAAUUUGGGACACUUUGAUUGGCACGGCCCUCCUGCCGCUCGACGCUAUUCGACAAUCCAACGAGGAGGGUCCCGGAGAGUGGACUUGUCUGGACUCGGAAGUUCUAAUGAAGGAAGACGAGAUCUUCGAAACUACCAAGCCGACUUCUCACCAAGUGCUGCUUGACGCACGCUUUGAGCUGCCUUUUGACAUUCCAGAGGGCGAAGCUCAAUAUUGGACUCGUAAGCUGGAUCGCAUAAACAACAUGAGCAUUCACGACCAGGAUUAUUCCCCGCGCGACGAUGCAGUCCACAGGGGACGAAUGGCGUCCGUGCCCUCGCAAUGCUGCAAUUGGACUUAUUUUGGAUGGACUGACCAGCAAAGUAUGCCUUUAGACGAUCAUGACAGCGCGAUGGACGACCACGACAGUGAAGCGGGCGUCCGCGCGCCGCCUCCACGCUACCACAACACCGCACAGACCAACUCGUCUGCACACCAGUAUCCCAUCGGGAUCCGGGUCCAGCACCAGCAGUUCUCAAGGGACUCUGACUCAGUGCACAGCUUUGAGAACGGUUACCUGGACCUGCGGGGUUCCAGGCGGUCAAGCAGUAGGCGCAGCGUAAGAAUAGUUCCGGUGGAUUCGGGCAUGGGUGUGGAGGACUGGGAGGGCAGGUAUAAAUUUCCUGACUCAGGAGUCCUGGAUGACUACUUGGACCAGGAGCAGAAGAUGUGGGAGGACGAGGACAAGAGCAUCAUUUACCGCCUCGCUGACACACCGCCAACAACACUGCCUGAGUCCAGAGGCACCAGGUUCUACCAGACGGUAGAGUGCGAUUCCCUUUCACCCGAGGACCGCCAGGCACACCACCAGCUGCCUGGUUUCGGCACCGGAGACGUCCGCUUGGUUUACCGGGAAGCUGGCAACUUUGAGGGCGAGACGUCUCCUCCGGAGAUUGACAUAAUCCCAUCCGUCAAACGCCUCCAACAGCAUGUUGACCGGGAAGGUCUGCUCUUCAAAACCAGAUUGUGGGCCAAGACCGCAUUGGAGGACAGCUAUGCAGCAUUCUGCGAGGAAGAGGCGGCCCGAGAGGCAGCUAGGAUCAGGAGCGAAUUCGGAUCAGUUGGUUCCGACGAAAUGCAGUACUCCUUCGGAUCGGACGAGGAACUGGAGGACCUGAUGUUCACAGAGGCAGAUACCACAUAUGAGUACGAGUUGUACAACUAUCCUGGCAGGUAUGCACCCCUUCUUGGAGGGUCCAGAAUGGGACCAGACCCCAGCCUUUUGCCUGAGGAGGAGCCCUGUGAGGACUACAUCGACCCGAUGGAUGAACUGAAGUGCUUAGUUGACUCUGUUUCUCAUUACCUGGCUGUAAAAGAGGAGGAGCUCAACAGCUAUGAGUCAGAGCAGAAAUCGGUAAGGCGAAAACUGCCAUCACUACCAGUUGUGCCGCCUGAGGACAGUAAAAGUGAGGAUGUCAAAGCAGAGGACAUCAAAGCCGAUGAUGUCAAAACUGAGGACGUCAAAGCUGAGGACGUCAAAGCUGAGGACAAAGCUGGUGUUAAAAACGUCAUGACGUCAUUGUUCAAUACAAUUACCGGAACCAAAACCAACACAGAUGUAGAGGCUUUGGCGCCUCCCAAGGUUCCCGCAGCUGACUCCGGUAUCUUCAAACUGCUUUCCAUAAUCCCAAAAAGUAGCCCUGAAGCCACAGAAACAGCCGGGGUGACGACAAGGUAUCCGCCAUCCUCCGUGGCGACCUCCCAGCCAGAGUCUGGGAUUUCCAAGCUGCUUUCUUUCAUUCCCAAAAGUGGCGGCACAACCCCCCCGGUGGCCAUCGUUCCCCCUGCCUGCCAGGAGCCCCCCACUGAGAAGACGUUCUCACUGCAAUCUCUCAUGCCUUUCCAAUCAUCAGAAUCCACUCGGCAAGCUGAAGCUAGUCAGACAUCUAAUAGCGCAGAGGCACAAGGUGCUAACCAAACCACUUCUGGUUUAGAAUCUGUGCUCGGGAGGCUUAGUACUAUGAGGUUGUUUUCCAGUGCACCCCCACCAAGAGAACCAUCCCCGUCAAGAGAGCCAUCCCCUCAAGCAUCAGAACAACAAAGUACAUCAGCCACCAGCAAUGACUCAGUAGCCCCAGUCCCUAGUCCUAAUAAUAGUUCACAAAUAGAACUAAGACCAGAUUCUGGGAGUGAAUCCGUUGAGCUCUUUCCGGACACAGGAAGUGGAUCAGUAGAGAUUCUUCCAGAGACUGAAUCGUCUGGCGAACUACCGGAUAUUCAGCAAAGAAUUCAGAUGUUACCUGAACCAAAACCUGAAACCACCGCGGAAGUUACAGGCUUGUUCAGUCCUUUUAGGAAAUCUCUCUCCAGUUUGAUUUCUACAAAUCCUCAUGAAAACUCCACAACAAGCCCCAAACCGCCAGAGGAAUCAUUUUUAAGUGGCAAACUCAAGAUCCCGUUCUUCUCUUCUGAAGAUCCUCCCACUGCAAGCCAAGCAAAACCAGAAGGAGGGGUUCUGUCUGGGUUUCUUAAGUUUGCCACCGGGGAGGAUACCAGUGUGCCACAAAGGAGUCCAUCCACGAGUGCCACAAGAACACCCUUGCCGAGCCGCACUGCACUACUUGAAAGCACCCCAAAAGGAAACACUGAAACAGGCUGGUUUUCAAACCUGUUCAAGGUGGCUCAAAGUGAACCGGCUAAGGAUCUUGCAAAAUCUCCAGUGACUCCCAGUGUGACACUCACCAAACCUAGUAGCCGAACGGACCCACAUACUGAGCACUCAGAGUGUACUGCCGGCGAAAUAGAAAUAUUAUCAGACAAUGCCUCUCAGAGUGAGACUGAGGUCCAAACAAAGGAUCAACCGGAAUCCCUACCAGAAACUCCACAGCCUCAGGGGUUUCUGUCCGGGUUGUUGAAAAUCGGGCCUACAGAAGAGUCUAAGCAGACCCAAGGAGGGGACAGUCAGCCUCAACAAGGAGGCCUCUUUUCAGGCAUGUUUUCCUCACCCUCCCCACCUUUUUGUCAAACACAGAAUCCUGCAGCUCAACCAUCGACGGGAAUCUUAUCUGGAUUCUUAAAAUUCACCUCUGACAACAUGUCAGCUCCUACAACUCAGCCACCAGCAACUGGGCCACAAAGCCGAUCUGGCCAAGUACCUGGUCAAGGACAAGCUGCAGGUGCACAACCCCCAAUUGGUGGACUGCUAUCUGGUCUUUUUAAAAAAGCCACAGACUCUGUUACUCACUCUAGUAAGGAAGUCAAAACAGAUGUAAUGAACCAAAUGACCAGAAUAAAUAAAAAUGAACAGAACUUAACUCAAGGGACACCUCGGUCAGGGGUUCCGUCGGGAGAAAUCAAAUUAGGUUCCUUGGGAAGUUCUCCCCGUGACAAGCUGGACCAGCAAAUAGAAGUCACCUCAGAUCAACAACAAAACUUACCACCAAAAACUAUAGCUACGACACCACAGCCACAGAAAGCACCUUCAGCUACCCAAGCUGCACAGUCAGCAAAUCAACAGUCGAGCAAUUUGUUGUCUGGACUUUUUAACAAAAUUGUAGAACCUACCACUGCAUCAUCUCAGCCACAGUCAGCACCCCCUCAGCAAGGGGGCUUCCUCUCAGGCCUCUUUGGAACUGGGAGCCAAGACCUAGCCCCUGCUAAUUCACAGAACCAGCAACAAAGUGGCCCACCGGGGCCGCAACUGUCUCAGCAACCAAGCAUCAGACCAAAUUUAUAUAGGCAAAAGCAAAUUCCCCCACAGCAGCUGCCCCCAAGCAGUCCUGUGGGGAUGUUCACUGGAUUCUUAAGCAAAAUUGCAGAAGCAAAGGCCCCGCCGACUGACACUCCAUCAGAUAGUCAACAAGACCAGCAAAAAGCACAAAUGGCAGGUUCUAAGACAACCCAGCAACCCCUCAAUCAACAAGGAGGUUUCCUGUCUGGACUCUUUUCAUCAGGUCCUCCUACUCCAGCGCAGCAAAAGCAGUCACAGCAGCCACCUGUGAGUCCUUCCAACAGGCAGCCACUGCAAAGACAAAGCCAAAUACCCCAACAAUCUGCUGCCCCUGCGGCCGAGCCGCAGCAAGGCGGGCUAUUGUCAGGGCUGUUCAGUAGAUUAACCACCGAUAACCCACCGCAACAAUCGAUCCCGCAUGCAGAGUUUCAACAGGGGGCUAAAUCAAACGCUGCUCGAUCUCAGCAAAAUGCAGGUCCACUUGGUCAACAGGGAGGUUUCCUGUCUGGGCUGUUUAGUCAAACACCGUCUCCACAGCAGCAAGUGCUGGGAAAAAGUCCUCAACAUACCACGACAGAACAACCCAGUCAAGGCGGAGGCUUACUCUCAGGCUUUCUGAAGCUUGCAUCUGGUGAGAGUGCAUCUCAGGAAGAGCAGACACCCAAAACCCAGGGUGGUCAACCGGGCCAAUGUCCAGCCCCAUCUGAAUCAGGUGGGAUAUACACUGACCUGCUUAACAAAAUUUCCGUUAAUGUGGAGCAAACAUCGUGUCCAGCUGACCAGGCAAACCAAAAAACAAUACAGCAACAGCCACUACGUGCGGGACAAGGACGUCCGCAGAUUCAGAGAACAAAACCAGUGGAAAUUCAUUCCGCACCUGAUGCAGCGGGAGAGAAGGACUCAAAAGAUCACAAGGGCUUCCUCUCAGGUCUGUUUAGUGCCAAGGAGGAGUCAUCCUCAAAGACCUCCAUCCUCGGAAAGGGCGAAACAAAACCAACCAGCAUGAGUAACACAGCUCCUGGUCUGUUGUCGAGCAUUUUUAAAACUGCCCCCAGUAACAACACCGCUUCUGCUCAGGAAAAAGAACCGGAAAAAGGCCUCAUUAACCAUUUCCUGCCUAAGACGAAGGAGGAUACACCUUCUUGGACAGCACCAAUUACGUCUUCUUCCAUUACAGUUUCUACAGGUGACAACCUCUCAGAAGAAUUACUGCCACAAAUUUGGAACGCUCCUACGGUGUCACCCACCCAGCGUUACCUCGAAGAAAUUCAUCGUCUCUUGUAUGGGACAGCAGGAGAGUAUGGCUACAAGGACCUUCUGUACAACUUCACAGAGCAUGGCGUGAUUCCGCCCGAGCUUUACGAGCACCAAUCUCUCAUCGAGGCGCUCCUGUGGCAACAGCUCAAUGACUAUGCUCUUGCAGAGGCUCUUUCCGCUCAAGCUCAGGAAGGCUACCGUGAUUGCCGAGGAUCUUUGACAGCUGCAGCCAGACCGCCCCAGUGGGGUGGUAAUGUAUGGCCGAAUCCUAAGGAAAUUGAUAUCAGUCAUUUUAACGUGCCAUUGCAUCCGUGGAGGGAUCCUUCCGCCCAACUUUUUGAGAGCAGAAAUUGCUUCCUGGAACCGGGUGAAGACCUGGUUUUGUUUGAUAUGACCUGUAGACACAAGAUGCCCUGGACCAGCUGUGACCACUUGGAUGAACUUGGCAGAAAACGACAACCCUGGGAUACGGAGGGCGGGGGUCUAAAUCUGUCUAGCGAAAAGUCAAAGACCAGACUACAGCGAUGUCAGUCUCUCACAGAAUUCAACUACUUAGCGGAGAAGACAGGGGCUUUAAAAGAGGUAACUGUCGAUGACUUUAGUUUGAAGUCAGCUACAGACUUUUUAAAACAACUCACUACCAAAAAAGGUCCAGUGGAUCUAAGGCACGGUGCUAUGGAUUUAAGCAGAUCAGCCGUGGCCGUGGGGCUCAGCGAUGACAAAAUGCUCUUCGAGGACUCAGAAUGGUACCAACAGUGGCUGUCACUGUUGGAUCAAGGGCUGUGGUGGCCAGCAGAAGCUGGAGAUUGUGGAUAUUACGUGUACACCAAUGGAGACUUUAUUUAUUCUCUUUUAACCGACAGAGCUGGUAGACACCUCUAUGCUUGCGCCGCACCGGAAGACCAACAGACGCUUAGCAAUAUUACAGAAAACAUUGCAAACAUUCUGACCCAGAAAGAAAAGGAAAAAGUAACCUUGUGUGGAUUUAAAAUCCCACUCUGCCCGAAAGAAAAAGCUCCUUGGUUUCCAGAGCAGCCGCAUACCAUAUCAGGGCUACCGGAUGCUCCGGAGGAUCUCAGCUCUGCCCUACAUAAAGGUGAAAAAAUCAUGAACAUGAACUUGGAAAGCUUCUCUCAGAUGUUUCAGGAGUCCCUGGUCUCACAAGCGGAAGCCCCCGUGGACUUCACGGUUUAUAAGAUGAAAAAGAUCAUGGUGGGAGCAGCAGAAAACCUUCCAAGCUGCUGUGAGCCUCCAAUGAAACCCGCCGAUCUGACACUAAACUCGCUUAAAGCAGCUCACGGAAGACCUUACUGGAUGAAUCAAGAGGUAAAAGACAUACCAACAUCCCCCACUCCAACUUCUCCAAGAUCCUACAAGCCAAUAUCUCCCAAGAAAUAUCACCCAAUCCCUGAAAUUAGGAUUCGGACAUGCGGAUGA